CCCGCCUGGCAUUAAGUGGGCGGGGCCGCAACAUGGCUGCGGAGACUGAGGUUCAGCUGAUGAUGAGCGUCGGGCUGAUCGAGAAAGACACCAAUGGCGACUCCCUGUGGGUCUGGUGCUACCCCUCCGUAAGUGCCGAGCUGCGAGAGCUGCUGCUACGCAAGUGCUGCCUGACUGACAAGAAGGGGGCGCUGCACACCUUUGUGUUCGGCCAGUUCCGAAGGCUCUGGUACUACAUCACUACGGCCGAGGCGCAGGACCAGGCCACUUUGAAAAAGGUCACUCAUUUUUCCGUCGUCCUUACUGCUAAAGAUUUCAAUCCUGAGAAGUAUGCUGCCUUUGGCCACAUCUUGUGCAGGAUGUAUCUGAGACAUGGCAGUCCCGUGAAGAUGCUGGAGGGCUACAUCACCGUCCUCACCAAGGGCAUCUGCCAAAGUGAAGAGAACGGCUCCUUCCUGGUUAAGGACUACGAUGUCAGGAAGGCUUAUUUAGCAGGUUCAAUCAGAGAUGUCGUCAAUCAGUUUGGAAUGGAAACUGUCAUCCUGUACACUGCUCUGAUGCUGAAGAGGAGGAUCGUCGUCCACCAUCCCAGGCUUGAAGCCCUACUGGAGUUCACACGGUCCCUUCCCACUCUAGUAUGGCAUCGGAAAGACUGGUCGAUUCUUCAUCCAUAUGUACAUCUCAAUGACUGUGAACUGGACGCCUUGAAGGUUUGCACAGGAUAUAUUGCAGGAUUCACAGACCCUGAGAUCGGGAACAGGUCAGAGCUGUACGAUGUGUAUGUGAAUCUGCCGGAAAGUGAAAUCGUCGUCUCCCAGUUUGCAAAAGAUGCGAUGGCAAUGGGCAAAUUACAUAAGGAUGUGGGACAGCUGAUCAUUCAGGCCGCAGCGGAUCCUGACAGAUCUGACAGCCAAGUUGUCAAGGAUCUCGCAGCAAAAACGAGAGAAAUCCUGAGCACCCUGACAUCGCUGGCUGAAUGUGCUGGAUCAAAAAUCACCCUCGAGCAUUUGCGGCAGCGACGAUUUCCACCCGCGACCGAGACUUUCCUUUACCACUUAGCGGCUGCGGAGCAAAUGCUGGAGAUCUGACUGCUGAUUGGCCUUGUGGUAGCCCAGGUUAAGCAGCUCACGUGUAAUCGUUUGGCCUCCUCCUGCCUGGAUACCCAUAUGUUUGGUUUUUUUUUUGCACUUACAAUACUAACCAGUGUCCAUGAUUCAGACUGUGUGGCACCAGAAAGGCUCAAUGUAUUGACGUGCACAGCACAGUGGCUGGUUUGCCCACCGUUGUCCCUGUCCUGGCCUUAAGUCAAGGAUGUCUGGUUUGAGAUCUGCCAUCCAGGCCUGGUGAUGCACUUAUUCAAGCCCAAUAAACCACAGAGGUUUGUAUAAUAAUAAUAAAUAUAUUUACACGGCA